GGACACAUCUUUUUUUUUUGUCCUCUCACUGUUCUUAUUCUUUCAAACAUCCUUCUUCUUCUGCUACUACUGCAGCAUAAUCGUCUCGCACAGCUGUUCUCAACAGUGGGAAAGAAUAGUAAGCAUAUCAUAUUGCUUAUGCAAUUAAGAAGGUCCAAGCUACUUCUAGAAAAAAAAAAUUGAAGUUUAUUUGAGAAGUAGAGGGAAAAUCAAAGAAAUACAGAAUGCUAUUUGUUUGGCUCUUUGUUAUUUCUUUUGUUAAACUCUCCACUUCACAACAUAUAUUGACGCCGCGUCACUUUGUCCGUGACGGCGAGACUUUGCUUUCCCGUGAUGGAACAUUUGAGCUUGGUUUCUUCAGCCCUGGAACUUCUACAAAUCGAUAUCUUGGUAUAUGGUACAGGAAUGUGUUCCCAAAAGCAGUUGUGUGGGUGGCCAACCGCGAAUCACCAAUCAAGAACAAUUCAGGAAUCUUGACCAUCAACAAUGAAGGAGUUCUUGUGAUCCUUGUGAUUCUCAUCAACGGCACAAACAGCAGCAGCCCUGUUUGGUCUUCUAAUGUGCCAAGCGAAGCGGUUAUUAAUCCAAUAGCACAGCUUCUGGAGACAGGGAAUCUUGUGGUGAAGAAUGGAGUUAAAGAUUCAAACAACAAUCAGUUUCUCUGGCAGAGUUUCAACUACCCUGGCGAUACGCUUACCAUGCAGGGCAUGAAGCUUGGAUGGAACUUAAUGACAGGUCAAGAAAUAUUCCUUUCUUCUUGGAGAAGUAAGGAUGAUCCAAGCCAGGGAGAAUAUUCAUUAAAGAUUGACCGUAUGGGAUAUCCACAACUUUUUAAGUAUAAAGGUUCUGAAAAAAGGUUUAGAAUAGGGUCAUGGAAUGGAGAAAGUUUUAGUGGAUAUUCAUCUCAUCAACUGAAACAAAAUAUUAGAGUAGAGUUCAUCAUGAAUCAUAAAGAAGUGUAUCUAGUAUUUAAAACCGUCGAUAGAUCAGUUACCUGGAUUUAUACAGUUACAUCUUCGGGCCAUGGAGAGCUUUCUGCUUGGACGAGUCAAUCCAAUAGCCGAAAAGUCAUCUCGACCGGGGAGGAAGAUGAAUGCGAAAAUUAUGCCUUGUGUGGUGUUUAUUCUGUGUGCAAUAUGAAUGGUAAUUCUCCUACAUGUGAAUGUCUCAAAGGAUUUGUUCCCAAGUUUCCAGAACAGUGGAAUAUGUCAUAUUGGUCUAAUGGUUGUGUUUCAAGGACGGAAUUGGAUUGUGAUAAGAACACACAUGGCUUCUUUAAGUACACAAACAUGAAAGUGCCAGACACGUCUUCGUCGUGGUUUAGCAAGGCCAUGAACCUUGAUGAAUGUCGGAAGAAGUGUCUGGAAAAAUGUUCUUGUACGGCGUAUGCCAAUUUAGACAUUCGCAGAGGAGGAACCGGUUGUCUACUCUGGUUUGGAGCUCUGAUUGACACGAGGACGUUUUCUCAAUGGGGACAAGACCUUUACAUCAAGGUCCCUGCUUCUCAACUCGAUAAUGGUCUAAGUAAAAUGAAGAAGUUGGUAGAAAUCAUAGUUGGUGUGAUUUUAUUUGGAUUCAUAACUUGUGUCAGCAUAAUGAUACACAGAAGACAAGGGUUGGCAAGAAUAAUUUACAGGAAGCAUUAUGAAAAUAUACUGAGGAAGGAAGACAUUGGUCUACCAAAUUUUGAUCUGUCUGUCUUAGCCAAAGCCACUGACAACUUCUCAAGCAGUAACAAGCUAGGAGAAGGAGGCUUUGGACCAGUGUAUAAGGGCACACUAACAAAUGGGCAAGAGUUAGCUGUUAAAAUGCUUUCAGAAAGGUCUGUACAAGGGAUGGAGGAAUUCAGAAAUGAAAUUCUAUUGAUUGCCAAACUUCAACACCGAAACCUUGUGAAGCUUCUUGGUUGUUGCAUUCAAGAAGAAAAAGUAAUGUUGAUCUAUGAAUACAUGUCCAACAAAAGCUUGGAUCACUUUAUUUUUGAUGAAAAUAGAAGGAAGUUGCUAGAUUGGCCUACACGUUUCAACAUUAUUGGUGGCAUUGCACGAGGACUUCUUUAUCUUCAUCAAGACUCUAGACUGAGGAUUAUUCAUAGAGAUCUAAAAACUAGCAAUAUUUUAUUGGAUGCAAAUAUGGAACCAAAAAUAUCGGACUUUGGAUUGGCUCGGACUAUCCUAGGAGAUCAAGUAGGGGCAAAAACAAACAAGGUGGCUGGGACAUAUGGUUACAUGUCUCCUGAAUAUGCUGUGCGUGGACUUUUCUCAAUGAAAUCAGAUGUCUUUAGUUUUGGUGUGAUAGUUCUAGAGAUAAUAAGUGAACAGAAGAAUAGAGAAUUUUCAGAUCCCGAGCACUGUCAUAAUCUUCUCGGACAUGCAUGGAAAUUAUGGACAGAAGGAAGACAGUUGGAACUGUUGGAUGAAGUGUUACGCGAAGGAUGCACGCCUUUUGAAGUGAUUCGAUGCAUACACGUGGCCCUGUUAUGUGUGCAACAAAAACCUCAAGAUAGGCCAGAUAUGUCAUCUGUGGUUCUAAUGUUAAAUGGUGAGAAAUUAUUGCCAAAGCCAAGGAUUCCUGGUUUUUAUUCUGAAGGAGAUGUUACAAGUGAAGGAGAUGCUUUAUUGACAAAAUGCACACUGCUCUCGCCCAAUGAAACUUCCAUUACAAUAUUAGAGGCAAGGUAGAAUAUGAAGGCAAGAAAAUAGCAAGAUACCUGUAAUUAUGCAUCAUACAUGAUCUCAUAUUCUUUCCAUGUUAAAAAUAUAUUAUAUUAUUGUGGAAAUAUUCGAACACGUA